CCAAGUGGGCGCGCCCGGCCUUAGGUCGGCCGGGAUCCGGUGUCCGCUGCAGCUGGCAGUGCAGCGGGAGUGGCCGCGGGCGCCGGAGGGGGCGGCCCGCGGGGCCGACUAUUAAUAACGCAGCGGCCGAGCCUGGGGUCGCGUAGUCAUGGCCAGCCCGGAGCCCCGGCGAGGCGGGGACAGCGCCGCCCAGGCCGAGAGGGAAACAAGAACAGAGGCUAAUUCUCCUCUUCAGGAGAACUCUGAAUCCCCGAAAGAGACAGAGACCUUGAACCCAGAAGUUUUUCUGUCUUUGGAGGGGACCUUGGACCUAGAAGAUAUUUUCUACCACUUGGAGGACACAGGUGACUUUGAUGAGAUACUCCAUGUGGAAGAAGCUGAGAAGCCAGAGGAGACCCUGUAUAUUGAGGAGACUAGGCAGCCAGAGGAUGAGACAGUGUACGUAGAGGAGCCUGUGAAUCCAGAGACACUGUAUGUGGAGGAAAUAGUACAGCCAGAUGAGGAACAGGUUGUGGAGGAGCCCGGGGAGCCAGGAAAGCCCAUAAGCCUAGAGCGGAUUGUUUAUGGGGCAGAGAAGGUCAUGAGGGAGGAGAACGCUAACCCUGAGGAGAGCCUCAGAGCUGAGCCGAGCCCUGGCACGGAGGACCUGAGCAUAGAGGACCUGGAAUUGCUGGAGGAGCGUUUCCAGCAGUGUGUCCAAGCCGUGGCCCAGCUGGAAGAGGAGAGGGAUCAGCUUAUCCACGAGCUGGUGUUGCUCCGGGAACCCGCUCUGCAGGAGGUGCAGCAAGUCCAUCAGGACAUCCAAGCGGCCUACAAGCUGCACGCCCAAGCAGAGCUGGAGAGGGAUGGGCUAAGGGAAGAGAUCCGACUGGUCAAGCAGAAGCUGUUCAAGGUGACAAAGGAAUGUGUGGCCUUCCAGUACCAGCUGGAGUGCCGCCAGCAGGAUGUGGCUCAGUUUGCCGAAUUCAGGGAAGUGUUGACUAUGCGGGCGACCCAGCUUUCAGAGGAACUGGCCCAGCUCCGGGAUGCCUUUCAGAAGCAGAAGGACCAGCUGCAGCAACAACUAGAAGCACCCCCCAGUCAGAGCGAUGACGGGCACUUCCUCCAGGAGAGCCGGCGACUCUCUGCUCAGUUCGAAAACCUCAUGGCAGAGAGCCGCCAGGGCCUGGAGGAGGAAUAUGAGCCUCAGCUGCUGCGGCUUCUAGAGAGGAAAGAAGCUGGGACCAAAGCUCUGCAGAAAACCCAGGCUGAGAUCCAGGAGAUGAAAGAGGCUCUCAGACCCUUGCAAGCAGAGGCCCGGCAGCUUCACCUGCAAAAUAGGAACCUGGAGGACCAGAUUACACUUGUGAGGCAAAAGCGAGAUGAAGAGGUUCAGCAAUACAGGGAACAGCUGGAGGAAAUGGAAGAAAGACAGAGGCAGUUAAGAAGCGGGGUGCAACUCCAGCAACAGAAGAAUAAAGAGAUGGAGCAACUAAGGAUCAGUCUUGCUGAAGAGCUCUCAACUUUUAAGGCUAUGCUACCCAAGAGCCUGCAACAGGCUGAUGCUUCCACUCCUCAGGCAGGUGGAAUCGAGACACAGUCUCAAGGUGAAUCUUCGUGGGUAGAAGAGUGGUGGUUGCAUUGCUAUUGCUUUCCUAACUUAAUACUAAUGCCUUCUUAAAAAAAAAAAAAAAAACUUAAGUGUGUGUCUAAUGACAAGUCCAUACCCCCCAAAUACCUGGGUGAAGCCUCAGAGUUCACUGGAAUGUUUCAAUUACUAGUAGAGUUCAAAGUAUGUCCUAAUUAUCAUUAGGAAUUCUAUAACAGGAUAAAACAUCUAGGAUUUGGGCAUUCUGUUUUCUCACCCUACCUUACCCCACAUGCUAUUCAUAAAAUUUCCUUAGGACAGCAGAGAAGGCAACUGUGCUAUCAAAUUCAGACUAAGACAAAGAAGGCCACUGAGAGGCCUAAGUCACUAGGCCUUUGUUAUAGGGACAGAAUUACUGCUUAAUAUUGUAAACAAUCAGGUGGUACCUGUAGCUCAGUGGGUAGGGUGCUGGCCACAUACACCAGCCAGGGCCUGAUAAAACAAUGACAACUGCAACAACAAAAAAUGGCCGGGUGUUGUGGUGGGCACCUGUAGUCCCAGCUACUUGGGAAGCUGAAGCAAGAGAAUCGCUUAAGCAAAGGAGUUAGAGGUUGCUGUGAGCUGUGACACCAUAGUACUCUACCCAGGGCAACAUAGUGAGACUCUGCCUCAAAAAAAAAAAAAAAUUAAAACAAUCAACCAUCUACCUAUCAAUUUCCUUAUAAAAUAUUCAAAGGCUAUGGCUCUCAGUAGAAAUGAGGAAGCUGGCUCAGUGCUUGUGGCUCAAGCGGCUAAGGCGCCAGCCACAAACACCUGAGCUGGCAGGUUCAAAUCCAGCCCAGGCCACCAAAUGAUGGCUGCAACCAAAAAAUAGCCAGGCGUUGUGGUGGGUGCCUGUAGUCCCAGCUACUUGGGAGGCGGAGGCAGGAGAACUGCUUGAGCCCAAGAGUUGGAGGUUGCUGUAAGCUGUGAUGGCUACAGCCCUCUACCCAGGUUCACAGCUUGAGGCUCUGCCUCAAAAAAGAAAAAAAAAGAAAUGAGGAAGCUGUUCUUAUUUUGCACAGAUUUACUUUUAGGGCCUGGUAAAACUGAAGACAUCUGUGGACCAAUGAAUUUUUCAGGAUCCUUCCCCUAAAUUUUGUUUUUUUGAGAUAGUCUCACUCUGUGCCCUGGGUAGAGUGCCACAGUGUCAUAGCUUACAGCAACCCAAAUUCCUGGGCUUGAGCAAACCUUUUGCGUCAGCCUCCCAAGUAACUGGCACUCUAGGUGUGUGCAACUAUGCCUGGCUAGUUUUCUUUUUCUUUUUUUUUUUUUAAAGUAGAGAGUAGAGAUGAGGUCUUUCUUGCUCAGGCUGGUCUUGAAUUCCUGAGCUCAAGCAAUCUACCCACCUCAGCCUCCCAGAGUAUUAGGAUUACAGGUGUGAGCAACCCCGCUCCUGUUUUACCAAUAUUUUCUCAUAUACUUUAUAAAGUCCCUUGUAAUAUUCCCUAAAAAGCUAAGGAUAAAAGGAAGGCUGUGUCAAGUUAUAUAUUGUAUAGAUGCCCAUAAAUUCAUUUCCUAAAACUUGUGUCUUGGAUACAAACUAACAAUUAUUAACUUUUUUUUUUUUUUUUUUUUGGAGAAGUCUUACUCUGUUGCCCCAGGACAUAAGGCCAUGGUGUCAGCCUAGCUCACAGCAACCUUAAACUCCUGGGUUCAAGUUAUACUUCUGCGUAGUUGGGACUACAGGAGCCUGCCACAACACCCAACUACCCUGCUUCCCCGAAAAUAAGACAUCCUCCGAAAAUAGGACCUACUUACAGGAAAGAUAAGACGUCCCCUGAAAAUAAGACCUAGCGCAUCUUUGGGAGCACACCUUAAAAUAAGACACUGUCUUAUUUUUGAGGAAACAGGGUAUUUUAUUAAUUUAUUUAUUUGAGACACAGUGAUCACUAUGUUGCCCUCAGUAGAAUGCCAUGGUAUCACAGCUCACAGCAAUCUCAAAUUCUUGGGCUUGAGAGAUUCUCUUGGCCGCAGCCUCUCAAGUAGCUGGGACUACAGGCACCUGCCAUAAUGCCUGGUCAUUUUUUUUUUCCCCCAGAUUUUGGCUGGGGCCGGGCCGUGUUUGAACCUGCCACCUCUGGUAUAUGGGAGUGGCACCCUACUCCUUUUGUAACCGGCCACAAGUGCCACCCAGUUGUCAUUGUUGUUUAGCAGGCCUGGGCCAGGUUUGAACCUGCCAGCCACAGUAUACGUGGCCUGCAUCCUAGCCCCUGAGCUAUGGGUGCUGAGCCUAAUUAAUUUUUUUUUCUUUUAGUUUUUUUGGCCAGGGCUGGGUUUGAACCUGCCACCCCCAGCAUAUGGGGCUGGCGCUGCCCCAAUUUUUUUUUAAUUUUUAGCAGAGAAGGGAUCUCACUCUUGCUUAAGGUGGUCUCAAACUCCUCAGCUCAAGGGAUCCUCCUGCCUUGGUCUCCCUGAGUACUAGGAUUAUAGGUGUGAGCCACCAUUCCUAGCCCAAGUACUAAGUUCAAUGUUUGCCAGUUACUAUAACCUUGUAAUUGGAGAGUCUCUACUAAAUCCUUUGUGUGGAUCAGAUUUAAAGUACAACGGAGAGGGGGUGCCUGUAGCUUAGUUAGUGGUUAGAGCGCCAGCCCAGAGGUGGUGGGCUCGAACACAGCGUAGGCCUGCUAAAUACAAAUUAAAACAAGAGGGGCGGCGCCUGUGGCUCAGUCGGUAGAGCGCCGGCCCCAUAUACCGAGGGUGGCGGGUUCAAACCCGGCCCUGCCAAACUGCAACCAAAAAAUAGCCGGGUGUUGUGGCAGGCGCCUGUAGUCCCAGCUACUCGGGAGGCUGAGGCAAGAGAAUCGCUUUAAGCCCAGGAAUUGGAGGUUGCUGUGAGCUGUGUG